UCUAUCAGGAGAUCACAAAAACCACUUAAAUAUUUUUUAUAAAAGUAAUCAUUUAUAGUAUAUAUAAAAGAAAAAAGAGAAAAAAGUAGAAUUAUUGGGUAAUUAUUAAAAUUUGGAACCAAAUUGAGUAAAGGCUUGAAUUACCAGUCCGGCAUACCAACACGUUCUUGGCAACUCACUUACUGAGUUUUCCAUCCAUACCAAACCAUUAAAUUUCUUCCUUCAAAUAGCCAAAAAACCCUUUUCAGGUUUCUCCGUGUUUCUUCCAUUUCCCUCUCUUACCAUCGUUUUUAAGAUCGGCCCACUUUCACAAAUCGUCUCAUCUCAUCUGGGUUCUUAUCAUUUUUUUUUUAUAUAGAGCUUGAAGUAACAGAGGAAGGGGACCAUGGAUGCUAUUUCUCAGUGGCAAAAACAAUGGUUCGAUUACAUCCACUACCUCCGUCAAGAGGGAUUCUUGGACGAUCAGUUUGUGCAGCUAAAGAAACUGCAGGAUGAGAACUCCCCUGAUUUUGUUGUUGAGGUUGUUUCUCUCUUCUUUGAGGACUCUCAGAAACUCCUCACCAACAUGGCUAAGGCUUUUGAACAAAAAGUGGUGGACUUCAAACAGGUAGAUGCCUACGUUCAUCAGUUCAAGGGCAGUAGUGCAAGUAUUGGAGCAAUGAGACUAAAGAAUGUAUGCGUUAACUUCAGAAAUUACUGUGAGGCUCAGAACGUAGAAGGUUGUUUGAGAUGUUUGCAGCAUGUACAACAAGAAUGCUCUGUGUUGAAGAACAAGCUUGAGAAAUUGUUCAUGCUGGAGCAACAGAUAGUGGCAGCUGGUGGAACAAUUCCUGUUCUAGAAUAGAUAAACUCUACUGGGUGUGACUUGUCUGCUUGAGAAAACGCCAAGAAACUCUGAUUUAAGUGUGUAGUUUUUAAGAUGCAUCCUUCUUGCUCAUACAGAAGCUCCACAGGAUUUUGUCCAAGACCUUGUUUGAGAGACCAGCUUUUUUAGCGUAAAUUAUCAGUUUAUACCGUAUAGAGUCAGUCUGAGUCAGUCAAUAGUAGUUUGGUAGUAGUCUAUAAUUGUGUGAUCAUACUAUAUAUUUAUAUAUGUGACCUUGGUAUGCAAUGGUGUUUGGUAUUCCUCUAUUUUGUAAGACACAUCAAGUUGUGUAACUUCUUUAUGAGAUGAAAUCUUCUUUGGUUAA